AAGAAGCUUAUUGUGAGAGAGAAGGGAAAGAGGGGAGGUGGAGGAAAAGAAAGGGAAUUUUGGCCAGCACCAAAGUUAUACUACCAGCUUGUAGUGUACAAGGAACCUAAAAAGGUCUAAGAAAAUUUUAUAAAGCCUAUUUUAUAACUAGUGUAUACCAAACAAUUUGGAGAACAAGUGUAAUUUCAAAUUUGUUGUUUUGUUGUAGAAACCAGAGUUUAAAUCAUCACAUUUUGGGUGUUUUUUUAUUGUUUCUCAAAAGAAUUGUGUGGGGUUUGUUUUGUUUCUAUGGAGAGUUGAGAAUUUGAUGUUAGAGGACUUGGUUUCAAGUUUGUUGCCAUAAAAUCCAAUCUUGAGAAUUUUGAUGUUAAAGGGUGAAGUUUCAAGUUUAUUCAAAUAAAGAGCUCUGCCUUGAGAUAAAUAUAUAUUUUAUUCAAAAUAAUUAUCUGGGGUUUGUUUUGUUUCCUUGCAGAAUUGAGAAUUUUGAUGUUAGAGGGUGUAGUUUCAAAUUUUGUUCCAAUAAAAGGUUCUGUCUGAAUAAUCAUAUUUGAGGUUUUUUCUCAAAAGAUUUAUGUUGGAGGCUUGAGAAUUUUGAUGUCAAAUUUGUUGCCAUAAAAAGCUGAGUUCGAAUCAUCACACUUGGGUUUUUUCUCAAACGGAUUAUCUGAAGUUCGUCUUGUUUUACUGGAGAAUUGAUGUUAGAGAGCUUGGUUUCAAAGUAGUUGACACAAAAAUCCCUUCUUUAACGGUUUUGGUACAUAUUUAAACAAGAAUGGCUGCUGAUGGUGCAUUGUCUUUCUCUGUGGCAUCUGUGGUGGAAGAUGUUCUUCAGCAGCAUGGAAGUAGAUCAAGGAAUCUUGAUUUGGAUGCCCGACGAGCAGAGGAAGCAGCAACAAGGAGGUAUGAAGCAGCAGCGUGGCUGAGAAAGGUGGUGGGAUUUGUGGGAGCAAAAGAUUUACCAGCUGAACCUUCUGAGGAAGACUUCAGGCUUGGCUUAAGGAGUGGAAUAAUUCUUUGCAAUGUACUUAAUAAAAUGCAGCCUGGAGCUGUGUCCAAGGUUGUUGAAAGUCCGGUUGACUCUGCACUUAUUCCUGAUGGAGCAGCCUUGUCUGCAUUCCAAUACUUUGAGAAUGUCCGUAAUUUUUUGGUUGCUGCACAGGAGUUGGGGAUUCCUUCUUUUGAAGCAUCUGAUUUGGAACAGGGUGGAAAAUCAUCAAGGGUUGUUAGCUGUGUUUUGGGACUUAAAGCCUACAGCGAGUGGAAACAGACAGGUGGGACUGGAGUCUGGAAAUUUGGUGGAAAUGUAAAAUCCACAACAUCAGCAAAACAAUUUGUACGCAAAAAUUCUGAGCCAUUCUCUAGUUCCCUCUCAAGGAGUGUGUCAAUGAAUGAAAAAUCCACGAAUGGUGUAUGCACUGAGGCUGAAAGUAACAAAAUGUCCAGCUCUUCCUUAAGCAACCUUGUUCGUGCAAUUCUGAUUGAUAAGAAGCCUGAAGAAGUUCCUAAUCUUGUGGAGUCAGUGCUGAAUAAGGUUGUUGAGGAGUUUGAACAGCGGAUUACAAGCCAAAUUCAAUUGAACAAAGCAAUAACUCCAAAGGACUCAGCAGUUUCCUGUGGGAACAAGUUCGUUCAGAAACAUUCUUCAGCCAGCACAAAGGCUGACCAAAGAACUGUAACACUGAUGAAAGAAGAGAAUCGCAUCGUCAGUGAGGAACUUCAAAGAAGGUACAUGAUGCAGAACACAUUUGUUGACCAACAGCAACAAGACAUCAAGGACCUGAAGCAAACUCUUUUGACUACAAAAGCGGGUAUGCAGUUCAUGCAAAUGAAGUUUCAUGAGGAAAUGCAAAAUAUUGGCAUCCACAUACAUGGCCUAGCACACGCAGCUUCUGGUUAUCAUAGAGUUCUUGAAGAAAAUCGCAGGCUUUACAAUCAAGUGCAAGACCUUAAAGGAAGCAUAAGGGUUUAUUGUCGAGUAAGACCCUUUUUGCCUGGGCAAUCAAGUUAUAUCAGUAAUGUCGAUCAUAUAGACGAUGGUAGCAUUACAAUAGGUGUUCCAUCAAAGAAUGGGAAAGGACGCAAGUCUUUUAAUUUCAAUAAAGUAUUUGGACCCUCUGCAACUCAAGGAGAGGUGUUUUCAGACACGCAGCAACUGAUUAGAUCAGUUCUGGAUGGGUACAAUGUGUGCAUUUUUGCUUAUGGCCAAACUGGAUCAGGAAAAACCUACACAAUGACGGGGCCUAAGGAUCUUACAGAACAAAGCCGAGGGGUGAACUACAGGGCGUUAGGUGAUUUGUUCCUUCUUGCAGAGCAAAGAAAGGACACCUUCCUCUAUGAUGUGUCUGUGCAAAUGAUUGAGAUAUAUAACGAGCAAGUCAGGGAUCUCCUUGUUUCUGAUGGUGUACACAAAAGAUUAGAAAUUCGUAGUGCUUCUCAAGGACUAACAGUACCAGAUGCCAGUCUGGUUCGUGUGGCUUCAACUUCCGACGUCAUUGAUUUGAUGAAUCUUGGACAAAGGAAUCGUGCAGUGAGUGCAACAGCACUCAAUGACCGCAGUAGCCGCUCUCACAGUUGCCUAACUGUUCAUGUUCAAGGAAGAGACUUGACUUCUGGGGCCAUUCUUCGCGGCUGUAUGCAUUUGGUUGAUCUUGCUGGAAGUGAGAGAGUGGAUAAAUCUGAAGUAACAGGAGAUAGACUUAAAGAGGCACAGCACAUUAACAAGUCUCUCUCAGCUUUAGGUGAUGUAAUCUCUGCCCUGGCGCAAAAGAAUGCACACGUUCCAUAUCGUAACAGCAAACUUACACAACUACUUCAAGACUCACUAGGUGGGCAAGCCAAAACAUUGAUGUUUGUUCACAUAAGUCCUGAACCUGAUGCCAUAGGAGAAACAAUUAGCACACUUAAAUUUGCAGAACGUGUCUCUACUGUUGAACUUGGUGCUGCCCGAGUAAAUAAAGACACUACAGAUGUCAAAGAGCUCAAAGAACAGAUUGCUAGUCUGAAAGCUGCCUUGGCAAGAAAAGAGACGGAAUCGGUCUCCAUGAGUUAUAAGGUUACUAGCAGUCCAUGUGGUUUGCAGUCAUCACCUUUUCAAUCUAAUCUACAAGGGCGAGAGAUGUUGGGAAAUUCAAACAUCCAGAGGAAACCAGUGGAGGAUGUAGGCAACAGAGAGGUCUCCAGUAAUUCUGCAUUCAGACAAAGGAGGCAAAGCUUUGAUCUUGAUGAGUUAUUAGGAAAUUCCUCUCCCUGGCCACCUGCUAGCAGUCCUUCCGAAAACUAUGUAGAAGAUGAUAGUAACAUGAGCUCAGGGGAGUGGGUAGACAAGGUCAUGGUGAACAAACAGGAAGCUGCCCGUGGAGUUGGAAACCUGUUUGGAUGUUGGGAAUCCGAAAAAGGCAAUGGCUCGGAUGUGCUUUAUGAGAAUUAUCUUUCAGAUUCAUCUAAAGUAUACCAAGAAAAAACAACUAGUCUUUUCCAAAUGAGCAAUCACUUUGACAUCACUGCUUCUGAAGAUUUAGAUGAGUUUGAUGCCACUACCAGCGAUUCGUCUGAGCCAGAUUUGCUUUGGCAAUUCAAUAAUUCAAAAGUUAACACUUUCCCUAGUAGUGGGAAUGGCUCAAAGAUACAAAAACCAAAUACAAAACCGGGAAAGAUCCCAGAAUCAAGGAAUGUGGUUCAUAAAGUAGGGCCUCCACUAUCACGACAGACAAGUGGAAUUAGCCACAAUCAGCGGAAUGGCAGACAGGCCAUGACUGCUGAAAUGAAGCGAAAAGCUGGAAGCAGGAAGUAGGAAAAGAGUUUACAAUUCUUCUUAUUAUCAUCCGUAAUUAUUUUUUGGUUAUUAUUGUGGCGAGUGAAUGAGAGUGGUUUUGCAUAUGUUUUUUUUUUUUUACACAGCAUUUUUAUCAUCAUCUUUGAUUUUUCCCAUCAAAGUUUGUAUCUUUACUUGUGCAAAUGAGGCAAUAAUUUCAGUUGCUUGUAAUUUUUGUAUUAUUCGAGUUGUAAGAGUUCAAGAUCGUGUUGGAUAGCACUGUAGUAGGUAGCAGAGUGUGACGAUCCUCAAACGUUAUUGUUUGAUUUGAUAGUCUGUGGCACUUUGAGGAUUUGACUUUGUAAAUUUUGCACAUAUAUAUACCAUUUAAAGAGUGAGCACUGAAAAUGUUUCUUUCUUCAGUCUA